UUUUUACGUCAAACCUACGCAGCCUCGUUAACGCCAGUGUUUCCGCAUUCUCUUAAACCCACAGAAACUACCUUUCUUUAUCUAGCUGAGAAAACAUUAGAGUAACACGAUGAGUAGUGAAACAUACCCCAGGUCUUCUAUUGAAGACGACUUUAACUAUGGCACGAAUGUUGCUACAGCCAGUGUCCAGAUACGUAUGGACUUCCUCAGGAAGGUAUACUCCCUGCUGAGCCUGCAGAUCAUCCUGACCACAGCCACCUCUGCCCUCUUCAUGUUCUCUCAAACCAUCAAGGAUUUUGUCCACGCCAGUCCUGCUGUGGUUUUAGUUUCGGCUCUGGGCUCUCUGGUUCUUCUGCUGGCCCUGGCCAUGUACAGACACAAACAUCCAGUCAACCUCUACCUGCUACUCGUAUUUACUCUGCUGGAAGCAGUUUCUGUGGCCACAGCUUUGACCUUCUAUGAAUAUUCCACUGUACUGCAAGCCUUGUGCCUGACCUGCGCUGUGUUUGCUGGACUGACGGUGUACACCUUUCAAUCCAAAAGAGACUUCAGCAAAUUGGGAGCAGGACUGUUCGCCUGCCUGUGGAUCCUCCUCAUUGCAAGCUUCAUGAGGUUCUUCUUCAACAGUGACAGCACAGAGCUGGUCAUGGCUGGAGCUGGGGCUCUGGUCUUCUGUGGCUUCAUCAUCUACGACACCCACCUGCUGAUGAAGCAGCUCUCUCCUGAGGAGCACAUCCUGGCCUCCAUCAACCUCUACCUGGACAUUGUCAACCUCUUCCUGCACAUCCUGCGUAUGCUGGAUUCUUUGAAGAAGCACUGAGCGCUGCACUUCUAACUGCUUUAAUCCGCUCACUGGAAACCAACAGAUAUGCCUGUGCUGUGAUUGCCCUGUGUUCCCGUGACUUUCUGUCCUGACGUUCGCCAAAAGUUUGAUUUUAGAGAGGAAACCUGUCUUUGCUUUGGUGAACUUUCUUUACAGGCGUCUUCACUACGAAUUUCUGUUUUCUCUUACAUUUUUGUAGUUGAUUGUGUUUUUGUUUUGAGCUAAGUCCAUCUAUAUCCUUGAAGUUUUGUUCCGUCUGAAACUAAAACGUACUCCUCAUGUUAUCAGGCAGCUCGGUUACUUAAAGGUACACUACCUGAUUGAUAUAGAGCCCACUAGCACCCCCGGCUGGCCUAUUUGCAGCUCACCUUGUGUUUUUUUCCAGUUCCCUAUCACUUCAGUAAACGUUACUCAAACUGGAGGAAGUCGCUCACUUGUUGGGGACUAUUUUUAGCGGCGGAUUAAUCCACAGUUUGUGCUACAGUGUAUGUAGGAUAUAGUCAAACAAGUGAAAACAGAGAAAUCAGAUAUCAGAUAUCUUACCAGUCUUAUGUUUAAAAAUAUUGAGAUUCAUAUACUAUAUCUAUCUAUAUAUAGAUAGAUAUAUAGAUAGAUAUAGAUAGAUAUAUAGAUAGAUAUAUCAUGGAAUUGUGACACACACAUGCCCUGGCCUGGACUUGUUAAGUGCUUGUAAAACGGAACACAGUUGAGAUUCAAAUAUUAAAAGUGAGCUGUAGGACAUUUUGACAUAUGAGGCACUGGUGGACGCUGUAACAAAUUCAGAGAGAGUGUUUAUUUUUCCAACAGUGUCUCACUGGAGUUUCAAAUCUAUCAUUCCACUCAUUUAUUAGCAAACAAUUUACAGUUGAAUGUUUUAAAUGUUGUAAAGUAGUUUCACUGCACCUUUCUCAUGCUCCACUUCUAUUAACGUACGACAGCAAGAAGAUACAUUGCAUAUUUCUUUUAAUAAAGUGCAUGCCUGGGUUUAUUAAUAUCUUUGAUUGUACAGAUGUUAAUAGUGCAAAUGUAACAGUGUACAGUUUAGUACUGAAGUCAGUCAAGAGUAUAAUCUGAAGACUUUAGAGAAAUACAACUAUUCCAAUCUAAAACAUUGGGAUAUGGAUAUGUUAUGAAGACAUUCAAUGUUCUUUAUGAAUGAUGUAAUUUAAAGACCACACGGAAUGUUUUUCAUUUUCAAACUACAGUUAUGCAUGUCUUAAAUGAGAUGUAAUUGACUCUUUGUUUUGUACUGGACUAACAGCAGAUUCAUGUCUUUUGGUGUGUUUGUUUUGUUGAUUAUGGUUUAAUAUUAAUUGUUUGUCUCCUUUUUCCUUUUAACUGCUGUAAACUCUGCUGUUAAACAUUAUGGAGCUGUAACAGUCAUGUGAAAUUAAAGAUUGCCAUAUUUUCCAAAUGGAAAAAGUAUAUCUGUGA